AUGCUUCAAGUGUGGGCGUCGGAAGGCGGACUGGCGCCUGGUGGCGAUGGAGACAUGCCCGUCGGCGGUCCGAAGACCCCUCAACAGAUCGCGGCCCAGCGCCGCUUGCAACAGACACAGGCGCAAGUUGAUGAGGUGGUGGAUAUAAUGAAAACGAACGUGGAGAAAGUGUUGGAACGUGAUCAGAAACUCUCAGAGCUUGACGACAGAGCAGAUGCACUCCAGCAGGGAGCAUCACAGUUCGAACAACAGGCCGGUAAACUGAAAAGCAAAUUUUGGCUCCAAAAUCUAAAGAUGAUGAUAAUUGCAGCUGUCAUUGGCAUCAUAAUCCUGGCUCUAAUCAUUGGUCUGUAA